AAUAAUGCGAAACGCGAGGAAAACAUGGCGGCCCGCAAGGUUGUUAAAAGAUGUUUCGAGAUAGUUUCAAAUAUUAUAAAAGCCGAAAUCCCGCACCCAAUCUCGACGAUGUGAUCGAUCUUGAAAAUCCAGAUCAUGUUAAAGUUAGAAAGAUCAAGGCAAACAUAAGUGACGAACAGGACGAGAAUAAUUUCGGAUUAAAACCAGCGGAGAAAUGGAUAAUUUACGAAUUGCUAGAUAUCCCCGGGCUUAUCUUUAUUCAGAAUCCAUUUACACCCAAUGGUCAACGUUACUGGAUCAUAAAAUGUUUGAAAGAUUAUUCUAAGGAACCAUACAAGUUAAAUAUAGAUGCUCAUAACAUUUUAGCUAAUGAAACAUGGUGGGAGAUAUGUUUUCAAAUGUCGGAAAGAGCGAAAAUUCUUCUUCCUAAACUACGAUGGUCAACAUUGGGUUAUCAUCAUAAUUGGGACACAAAAUUAUAUUCUGAAAACUCAAAGAGCGCCAUGCCAAUGGAAUUAUCCGGUUUAACAUCCAUUUUAGCAAAAACAUUAGGUUUCUCAGACUUUAAAGCAGAAGCAGCAAUUGUGAAUUAUUACCGUAUGAAUUCAACUUUGGCAGGGCACACAGAUCAUUCGGAAAUGAAUGUGGCCGCACCACUUUUCUCUAUAAGUUUUGGACAGACAGCAAUUUUUCUAAUUGGUGGACCGAAACAGGAAGAUUCAGCUAAUGCAAUCUUUUUGCGGAGUGGAGAUGUAGUGAUAAUGUCAGGAAGCUCUCGUUUGAGGUAUCACGGAGUGCCAAAAAUUUUAUCAACGUCCAGAAUACCAUGGGACGAUAAUGGUGAGGAUAAUCGCGAAAUUAUUACGUACAAUUAUGAUGAUUGGCGCAAGGCGCGAACUUACAUCGUCGAAGCUCGAAUUAAUAUGAAUAUACGACAAGUUCUGGAACCUGGGCAAAUUGUAUUAUAUUAAACCGUAUUAUUUUUUUUUUUUUGUGUACAGAAAUAUAUUAAAGAUAUUUAUUUUAUAAAAAAUAUCAAAGACCUCUG